AUGACCUCGAUAGCGCAUAACCCCUUCAGCCCUCAGCCUCAAUAUCCGCUCCAGCCGGAGACAAUUUCAUCCAGAGAACCCAGCUUGGACGUCGAGACCCCUUUGUUAUACAAUACAUUCUCCUCCCUACCCACCGAGCUCCGUCUCCUGAUUUGGAAAGCCACAUUGCCGGGACCUCGAUGGAUUAAUCAGUUCCCUUUCUCCUCAGCACCCGUCGCACUCUCGGUAUGCCACGAAUCCCGAAUGGUUGCCUUACAGUCCUUCAGCCCGAUAUCUAACCACCCUUACUCAUACAUUGACUGGUCGCACGACAUUAUCGACGCUGAUUUUCUUGGAGACUUUGAGUGCAUCUUGAGCGAGGCCGACAUUGCUCGCAUUCACAACUUGGCCAUUCGCCGAUUUGAUCCAGAUGAUGACAACCCAGCCACGAUAUGGCAACGGAAUCCCACGUAUAGGGGCUGGCCGCUAUGUGCAUUUAGUUUCAACUGCUCAACUGGACCAUGGGGUGCGCCAGACCUCCGCGGCUGGGUUCUUUCCGAGGAAAACCUGCAGUCGUUAGAAUCUUGUCUAUUAAUUGUGCCAGCAAAACGCCAGUUGGUCUUUCUCGGUGGUAAAAUCAUGGGAUAUACCGAGGUUCUUCGGACCAUGGAAGCAGACCUUCAGGAGUCGAAGAAGUUAACUGCCGGCAGCGCUCGCUGUGCUUGUCAAUCAUCUAUACAUCCCCGGGUCAGGCUUGUGCAGGAGUAG